AUGAUAGACGACCCCGACGGCGUACAAGUGUCGCCAAACCCUGAAAAGCCACGAGCCCGUCAGUCCAAGUCGAGGCAUCCCUCGUUGCUCAUCGUGAGCCUCGGGCCGGCUGAUCAACCUUCACCCAAAACUACAACACCACCCCAACCCGCGCAGCCUACGCCUUCGUGUGAAUUACCGUCACCAAGCAGUGUGAUACCCCCUAACACCCCUUCACCGGCUCAGCCAACACCCGCGAGUGAACAGCCGUUCUCGAGCCCUGUAGCUCCUCCGAAUACAGCCCCUCCGGCAGAAGCAGAGCCCACGAGUGAACCCCCGUCCUCAAACAGUGCACCUCCGAACACACCACCCCCGGCAGAACCAGAGCCCUCGGGUGAAGCUUCGUUCUCAGAUAGUGUACUUCCCGAAACACCAACCCUGGCUCAGCCACCACCCGCGAGUGAACCUCCAGCCUCAAGCACUUUACUUCCCACGACUACGAACUUGCCUCUAGAGAAUACGGCACCUUCGAGUGAGGCGCCGACACCGUCGGAGACCCAGCCAUCAGAACCCCAGCCAUCGGAUACCUCGCCCACGAUGCCUGAGAUUGAUGCUUCAACGGAUCUCUUCGCUGCACCUAUUGCAUUGAACGCGCCUGCGGCGAUCUUUCAGGUUCGCACAGAUCAUCCGGUGCCUCGGCUUGGUAUUACCAGCACAGGUCCGCAUCAGACAAACAAGUUUUACGCCAACUUCUUCUUGGGCAAUCAGAAUGCCCCGACCUAUGUACAUCCAUACUCCGUCGCAUGGGCGAAGGGCCAGGGGGCCUCCGCCAGCUGGGGUUUGUCGGUGUCGCAUAUUGAGGCCAGCCAGAGGGUCUACGGCCAAGCAUCAUCUGGAACGAACGCUGUGCGAUACUUCUUGAAUCCGGUUGGCAUCCAGUCGCUAUGCCUCUCAGCCGUCGAGCUUGGAUCCACGACGGCACUUACACUUGACAGCAUGCAAUCACAGUCCGUCAACGUGAACCUUCUGGACAAGUCAGGAGGCAGGACUUUGGUGACUUUUCCGCUAGUUCAAGGCAUGGCGUUUGUGACGGCGGUGUAUCAAGGGUCAACUCCAGCAAUCAACUCUGGAGUCUUCUUCAAGACCGUCACGAAGUCGACGAACGGACCGAAAGCUGGCGUCACGAAAUACACCAUCUACCUCGAGGACGGAAAAGUGUGGCACGUGUAUGCAUACUCGUCGAGAGGCGAGACCUUGGACUUGAACGUUGUAAAUAAUGGGUUUGCGAGGGCUUCUAGACCCUUCAACGGCAUUAUACAAGUCACGAAGGAUCCGGGGAAUGCCGAGGGUGUCCUGGAUGCGGCAUCAGGGGCCUACCCGACGGCUGUAACACUUUCGGGCGCUGUUGCCAACACGCAGGGUAGCUAUACCUUCACCUACACCAAAGCGGGUAUCUCGGAUACCAAGCUCCUGAUGUAUGCCUUGCCGCACCAUACCGAAUGUUUUGAUGCAAACACCAACAAAGGCCUCACCACAGUGAAGCUUCAGACGACCACCAAAGGAAUAGCGACCGCUGUGGUUGGAGAUGCGUGGACGAUGGUGGAGCCUAAUAUGCCAGUCUCCAUGGACUUUGCUCCCUGGGAUCCGGUCAAGGGACCUCAGAAAACACUGAAGGCAUCCUACAUCAAUACAAUUGCGCCUGUCGCCCUGAAAGAAAUUUCGCAGAACAUGGAACAGCAAUCAGACCAGAACUCCAUGUACUUUAGUGGAAAGGCACUUGCGAAGUUCGCUCAGCUGUGCUAUGUUGUGAACGACCUUUUACAGAAUCAGAGGCUGGCCCAGACCGGACUGAAUAAUCUGAAAGCUGCUUUCAGUCGGUUCACGCUCAAUCGGCAGCAGUUCCCGCUGUAUUACGAGAGCGCUUGGGGUGGCCUUGUUUCUUCGGCAACUUACCAGACAGGAAACAAUGGUGCAGAUUUCGGCAACACGUACUAUAAUGAUCACCACUUUCACUAUGGCUACUUUAUCCUCGCCGCUUCCAUCAUUGGAUAUCUUGAUCCUUCGUGGCUGACAAAGACAAACAUCGACUAUGUAAACACAUUGGUCAGAGACGUGGCCAACCCAAGCAGCCAGGAUAAGUACUUUCCAGUAUUCCGCAACUUCGACUGGUACCACGGGCACAGCUGGGCUCAUGGCUUGUAUGAGACCCUUGAUGGCAAGGACCAAGAAUCGAGCUCGGAAGAUGCCAUGCAUGCUUAUGCGAUCAAGAUGUGGGGGAAGACAAUCAAGGAUGCCAGAAUGGAAGGCCGGGGUAAUCUGAUGCUUUCCGUGAUCCAGAGGUCUCUCAGCAAUUACUACCUAUACACCUCAGACAACAAAGUGCAGCCCUCGAACUUUAUUGGGAACCGAGUUGCCGGCAUUCUGUUUGAGAACAAGAUCGACCACACGACAUACUUUGGUACGAACAUUGAGUAUAUCCAGGGGAUCCACAUGCUGCCGCUUUUGCCCAGUACAAAGCUCACCAGGCCAGCCAUCUUUGUGAAUGAGGAGUGGCAGACCUACUUUAGCAACGGACGUGCCGACCAGGUCGAAGGAGGCUGGAGAGGCAUUCUAUACGGCAACCUGGCAACUGUCGAUCAGAAGACGGCGUGGGACUUCUUCACCGCAAAGAACUUCGAUCCGGCUUGGCUGGACGGCGGUGUUUCUCUCACAUGGUAUCAGGCGUACACAGCUGCGCUCAUGGGGUGA